AUGCCUGUCCACCAGCUCCUCCCCCGCCUCUUGCUUCUGUUCUGGCUGCCCGCCAGCCUGGCCCGCCACGGCCCCCAGCUCUGGAGGGGCCUCCACACCCACGGGACCCCACGCUGCUACUCGGCCGAGGAGCUUCCCCGGGGUCAAGCCCCGCCACAUCUGCUGGCUCGAGCUGCCAAGUGGGAGCAGGCUUUGCCCGUGGCCCUGGUGUCCAGCCUGGAGGCAGGGGGCCGAGGCAGGGAGCAGGACGGUCCCCCCGCUGGGGCGCAGUGCCCAGUGCUGCAGCCUGAGGAGGUCCUGGAAGCUGACAUCCACCAGCGCUCCAUCUCCCCCUGGAGAUACCGUGUGGACACGGACGAGAGCCGCUACCCGCAGAAGCUGGCCUUCGCCGAGUGUCUGUGCAGGGGCUGUAUCAGCGCCAGGACGGGCCGGGAGACGGCUGCCCUCAACUCGGUGCCGCUGCUGCAGAGCCUGCUGGUGCUCCGCCGCCGGCCCUGCUCCAGGGACACCACGGGGCUGCCCACGCCAGGGGCCUUCUCCUUCCACGCCGAGUUCAUCCGUGUACCCAUCGGUUGCACCUGUGUCCUGCCCAGGUCCACGUAGUGACCUGGCCCCACGCUGCAUUCACCUGUGUUGGGGGGCGUGGUUGCCCCCCAGACUGGACAUUGGGGGUCUUGCCAAAGAGGGCCCCUCCUAUUUAUGUGUAUUUAUUGUUUAUUUAUUUGCUCCCUGGGUCCCUGGGCAGGUACUGAGGCUCCUGGCCUCAGGUGUGAGGAAUAAUGCUGGAGGGCAGGGUCCACCUGCCCGCAGGUGACCUGUGCUGCUCAGACCCAUCUGCAGUCUCCGUUUACCCUUCUGGCAAACAGUUGGGCCAGAAGGAAUCUUUUUAUUCUUCUAGAACUUGCAAAAUAACAGAAAAGAUGUUCCAAUGUCCCCCCUACGUCUGUGGUCCCCUGGGCUCCCCUCACACCCUCACUGGCCUCAGGCUGGUCCCGGCUCCCUGCCCCUGGGGAACAAG